UUUGCUGUUGGACUCGCAGCUCAAACGGGGGGAGAUUCCAUUGUAUCAACCAUUUAGUAAUUUUAUAGGCAGACCUACAAACCUGUAGGAAGAUCAGGAAGACUCUCCUUCUUCAGGACCGUUGGAACACUAAAAAUUCAAAGAGUGGAAGGACCUGAUAGAACCUGCAGGAUGAACAACGAAUACCAGAACGGCUUGGCCAACAUGGAAGAAAUCUCUUUGGAGGAUACAGACAGAACCAGCGUAGAAUUCAGAGUCCUGAUGGUCUACGCACAGCGUCGACUGUCUGCAAGCAAAUAUGGGCAAUUAUUAGAAAGAGAACCCAGAGUCCAGGAAGAGGUUGUGCAAGCUGACACUCUAGCCAAGGGAGAAGAAGUGACCCUCCCAGAAAUUUGUCCAGAAGAUCAUAAACCACCAAAGCAGAAGGACCAGAAGAAGGCAAAGAAGAAGAAAAAAGCAAAGACCAAGACAAGAACCAACUGGAAAUGCUUUUGUAUUCCUUCUUGCCUAAGGCCACAAGCAACACAUGCCAGGAACCAAGCAUCCCUUAAGCAGGACUCCGUCAAUGGCCAUGCCAUGAAGCUGAUCGCCGGAGCUGACGGUUUACCAGAUGACUCGGACAUUUCUCGUUUGGCAGAGAGACUUGUUGAGAUAGUGGAUCAUUCCAGAUUUCCCGGUGGGAAGAAAAGCAUCCCAGUAAUGGAACGUGCAUUGAGUCUAGAAGAAGAUGGUGGCUCGACCAGCAAGCCAAUCCCACCUCCCGCGAUUGAUGGACUAGACAAUGAAGAAAAGGUUAUUGAUGCAAUAGUUGCUUUGUUACGGAAGUCCGGAGAUGAGCUGGCGGAAAAGAUGAAGAAGGAUAAGACCUUCUGUCAGAGUAUCUGGGAUAUGAUGACCUCCUAUGCCUUCUUCAGGAGAGUGACGGACCAGUUCCUUGAGGAGAUGCCCAUAGACUCCACAGUGAAUUCAGAGGAUGAAGUUAAGAGCAUGAAAGUUGCAUUGAUUAUGGAAGCCACGACCAGACUCACUGCAGUGGACAAUCAUCCCAUGAAUCUUGUGCUGGGCUUUGGAACAAAAUACCUGCAGGAAAACUUCAGCCCUUGGAUUCAAAGCCAAGGGGGAUGGCUGAAAGCCUUAGGAUUACCAGACCAGGAAGAAGUUGAAUGAGGAAAAGAGCUCAUCUUCAAGAGCGUUGGUCAAUAUGGAGAAAAGUGAUUGGGAUGUGAGAGGAAAAACUUAAGUCACUCUCAUGAUUGCCUCCAAUACAGGGAGAUGAUGGUUCAUGGAAUCUUUCAGAAGACCAGUAGAUGUCACGGGACAAGAACAGGAUCUGCAAUUAUGUUUUAGUUCCGUUCAACCUGACCAAGAGACGAAAGAGCCAUGCGGCCUUAUUACCGGAGGGACCCGAAGUCUCUUGGUGGAAUGAAGCUUAUUUAUUUUGCAAAUUUGGAUUCUGGGCCUGUUAAGCACGUGACGCAAACCAUCCUUGCUCCUUCAGUCUGGAUGAGAGCUUUAGGGCAAGCAAGAAGGAUGUCUGCCUUGAGCCAGGAAUGUAAAGAUGGACAUUGGGCUGCCGCCAUCUCCUUUUCCUGGGGGUGUCUGAAGGGUGGGGUUCCAAAAAAGACAAGAUGGCUGCUACUUCUUGACUUUUUGUGAGCUCCCUCCCCUUUUUCCCUGGGGUCGUCGUCAGUGUUGCUCAUAAACCACUGUAGCUCUUUGGUAUCACCGUCUUGAGGAUGUUUUCUUUUUUUAAUUGAACAGAUCUCUCGACCCCCCCCACCUUUCCUUGGGGAGGUUUGGUACAAGUGUAAAUAGGACAUGACACAAUGGGUUUGGUCAAAGAAAAGGUGUACUAGGGAUGAUAGACCCGAAUCUGGAUCGGAAAGUGAUUAAAUCCUAAAACACAAAAUUAGCUUAAGUCACAACAAUUGAUUUAGAUGUACAUAAUUAAGAGAACAAUAAAACAAGUGAUUUCCCUC